GGAUCUUGGGAAGACCUUGGGAUCACAGCGCCAAUACAGCAUUAUCCGCAACCUCAACGCCAAGCGUACCCUUCGACUGUUCCAGCUAUGCAGCUAUAUCCUCAACUUCCACGAGCGCACUGUCCACCUCAGCUGCCUAUCGCACCUAUAGGGUCUGGAGGACAUCCAGAUGAUCAUGCGCUCUCCAAUCAAGGUAUUUUGCCCAGUGCGCCAGUUCACGCAGUCUUUCAGUGCCCAGAGUCUGGUGGGCUUCGUUUCGAAGUGAACCACUUUGGACAAGACCAACGACAUCGCGACCAAUAUGCGCCGCACACAAGUUAUGGUCCUGCUUCGAGAUCAGCAAUUCAAGCAGUACACUCCCAGCAACGAGACAUUGCUUGGUCUGCCUCGUCAAUGGUGCACUGUCCACCAAGGCAACAGCACGAAGAACUUGAUGAGGUGGCUACCCCGGCAUCGGAACACUACGACCUGUCCAGUGAUUUUGAGCAUGUAAGCAUCCCACAUGCACUUCCUCCACAGCACUUCAAGGAGCUCGAUCAGUACGUUGGUCUUCUUCAACGAGGCGCCUAUUCCCAGCCGCCCGCAAGUGGCGUUGCGGAAACUGAGCCAUCCCGGCUCGAACAAGCACCAGGUGGUCGUCAUCAGAGCGACUCCGCAGAGUCAAACACGACCUCACACAGUGUCCAUCCUGCCGAUGGGAAAUGGCCACAUCGCGUGCAUCAAGGAGACUGGGCCUUCGCGAAGCUGAGAACGCGCUCCAGCAGAGCCGAAUCACUGCGAGAAACGCCGCAAUCAUCAGUGAAUUCAAAGAACGAAUGCCAACAGAUGAUCCGAUGGAGCAGUCAACGGUGCCUCGAAACGAUACCGUACUACGCUGACGUAAUCGAUUACUACGACACACCAGAAAGCGUGGCCGCCUACAGCGACUACUGUAUUAUCGAGUUUAGUCAGUCUUCGUGUCAUUCCAGGCGGUCAGUAACGUGCACGUCUAGGCUGACGCAGUGAAGCGGGGUUUUAAUCAUUGAACCACAUGACACAAGACCUCUUUCAUUGUAUUUCGAGCGCUGAGGCCGUGCUAUGUGCUUGGUUGACUUCAGUACGACGAAACAUAAUCAUGUAUUGCAGCGGCGGCAAGGGAUUAGUAACUAAUGAAACACAACUCAGGGAGCUCCUAAGUAUGGAAACGUGACAGUAUUACCUCCUCGUGGUAUUCAUUUUGUCAUUACUGCUGCUGCCCUCCAGCUAUAUUUACAUGUUUCGAUCUUUGCUUGCUGCAAAACUCGUUGUCAUACUGUACUGUCUUGCUCACUGUUUAUUAUAAAUGGGCGCUCGCUUUUUAGCGCACGCUUAAUAAAUCCAUCGUAUAUCACCCCAAGACUUGUCCGCUUGAUCAUAUUACAGUUAUUUUACGAGAAGUGCUCAAUCAGCUUUCUUAUCUA